GUUUUAAGGCCCCUGCAUAUCAGAUUUAAACCAACUUGCAAACAAACGCAAAAAUAUCGUGCAACCUUUACUAUUGUAAAUGAGUUUUCAAUUUACUAAACUAUAUUUUAUUGUUAUCGUUGCAAUAAAAACUUAAAUAUCAAUAUUUCAUGCAAAAACAGUAUAAUUUAUUUAUUCGCAUACAUCUGUUUACCACCAAAAAUAAUUGUAUACAGGCGUCUUAAAGGCAUGGUCAGCUGUCAUAUGGUGGUACUCGGCAUUUAGCGGCCAUUUUCGACGAAACUUCGUUUUCUGUUUACAUCGUUCAAGUUAAAGCAGUAAAUUUCGAAAAAUUGGCUAUUUAAUUACCAAAAAAAUUAGCAAAUUAUCCUAAAUACUGUAUAAAAUAGUGGAAAAUGUCGCGUAGUGUUCGAGCGGAAACUCGUAGCCGAGCUAAAGAUGACAUCAAACGUGUUAUGAAUGCAGUGGAAAAAGUGAGACAUUGGGAAAAGAAAUGGGUUACAAUCGGUGAUACCACGAUGAAAAUUUACAAAUGGGUGCCCAUAUCGAAUUCAGAGAAGAAAAAAGUGAGCAGCGUUAAUAAGAGUGAUAAAGAAAAUUCACAGAAAGGCACGCCAACACCACCUCAAAUAACGCCCUACGCCGGCCUGACUGCGGAAGAUUCGAACACCUGUUUUUCCAUGGUGAGCGAUUCCCAAGGUGCCACAGAAUUUGUUUCGAGCAUGCCAUUUUCUGAGGAUUCCAACUCGCAAGGCAGCGAAGGACCAGUGAAACGACUCAAAACUAGUGAUUAAUUAUAAUUAUUCAUAACUAAACAUGUUCGUAACGCAACCACUGCAAUCCGCAAUCAGUCACACUCGAAAAUCAAGCAAUUUUCAAGAAUUGAAAUUAAUUUAUGUUAAUGAAGAAAAAACGUUAAAAAAAAUAGAAAAAAUUAAUUUCCAUGGAUAUUUUGUACACCACAGUGUAGUAUUGUAUUUGAGGAGUGUAAGCAUAGCAAAACGAAUACUUUGUACUACGCUGUGGUAACUGCUGCUAACUAAUUAAUUUUAAGCAAUUUUAUUAUAAUUAAAUAUUUAUAAUUUACUUACAUAUAUGAAAUGUGCGCCUAGCUUAGUCAUCAUUACUCUAGUAUUAAGUGGAAUCCUUCUCCAAAAUGUAAUUUAUAUAAAUAUAUGCACUUCAAUGCGGUGCAAGUGUGUGUGUGUGGAGAAGGAGUAUGUGCACACGGCGAACUCGUAACAAUCGUAUUAAUAAUAGUGUUGAUUAUGAUGAAGACAUUUUCA